GAGAAGAAGAAGCAAGCAGGAGGAAUUACUCCAGGAGAAACUACGGACAUACUAUUGUAAAGAUGGAGAUUAAGGAAGAACCCUGCAGAAUAAAAGAUGAAGAUACAGAGGAACAAAUAGGAGAAGAAGCAAGCAGGAGGAAUUACUCCAGGAGAAACAACAGACAUAUUAUUGUAAAGAUGGAGAUUAAGGAAGAACCCUGCAGAAUAAAAGAUGAAGAUACAGAGGAACAAAUAGGAGAAGAAGCAAGCAGGAGGAAUUACUCCAGGAGAAACAACAGACAUAUUAUUGUAAAGAUGGAGAUUAAGGAAGAACCCUGCAGAAUAAAAGAUGAAGAUACAGAGGAACAAAUAGAUCUGAUGGAAGUGAAUGAAGAAAAACUGCAUCAGUUUCCAAAACCUCAGCAUUUCACAAAUGAAGAUGGAAAUGCUGUCGUCUCAAAGACUGAAGAGAAUUUCACACAGAAACAAGCUGGGAAAUCUGGAGUCGAAGGAUCUUUAACCUGUUCUGAGUGUGGAAAGAGUUUCAGAUAUAAAUCAUAUCUGAACACACACAUGAUGAUUCACACUGGAGAAAAGCCUUUUACAUGCACUCAGUGUGGAAAGAGUUUCAUUCUUAAAGGACAACUAAAUAAUCACAUGAAAAUUCACACUGGAGAAAAACCUUUCACAUGCUCUCAGUGUGGAAAGAGUUUCAGUCAGAACUAUUAUCUCAAUGAGCAUCUGCUCCGUCACGCUGGAGUGAGAUCAUUCAGCUGUGAUCAGUGUGAGAAAACAUUUGUUUUUGAAUCGGGCUUAAGAAGUCACCUUAAAGUUCAUACUGGUGUGAAGCCUCACUUUUGUUCUGUAUGUGGAAAGAGUUUUUCACAUCUUGCAUCUUUAAAACAGCAUGAGCGUCUUCAUACUGGUGUGAGACCUUAUGUGUGCUCUGACUGUGGAAAGACAUUUAUUACAUCAAGCGCAUUAAUAAGACACGAGAGAGUUCACACUGGACAGAGACCGUACAAGUGUUCACACUGUGGAAAGAGUUUCUCUCGGUCAGAAACCCUGAAAGAUCAUGAGAGAAUUCAUACUGGAGAGAAACCGCACCAGUGCUCUUCGUGUGGGAAGAGUUACAGACAUUUAUCUGCUCUACAGAAACAUAAGAAAAAUCAUGAAGCGAGUGAUUAUAAGUGUGAUGAUCAUCUGCUAAAUGAGCAACAACGACCACAAUUCACUCCUUCAGUCUGUGAAGCUCCCACAGCCGUUCAUGAGAGUUUAAAUGCUGAAUAUUCCCAUCUUCCCAUAGGAGAAAAAGCAAGCAGGAGGAAUUACUCCAGGAGAAACUACGGACAUACUAUUGGUAAGAUGGAGAUUAAGAAAGAACCCUGCAGAAUAAAAGAUGAAGAUACAGAGGAACAAAUAGAUCUGAUGGAAGUGAAUGAAGACAAACAGCAUCAGUUUCAAAAACCUCAUUAUUCCACAAAUAAAGAUGGAGAUGCAGUCGUUUUGAAGACUGAAGAGAAUUUCGCACAGAAACAAGCUGCAAAAUCUGGAGUCAAAGGAUCUUUCACCUGUUCUGAGUGUGGAAAGAGUUUCAUACGUAAACCAAACCUUAUCCAACACAUGAUGAUUCACACUGGAGAAAGAACGUACUUCUGUUCUGAGUGUGGAAAGAGUUUCAUUCGUAAAUCAACCCUGAACAAACACAGGAUGAUUCACACUGGAGAAAGGCCUUUUACAUGCACUCAGUGUGGAAAGAGAUUCAGUCAAAAAGAACCCCUUAAGACACACAUGAGAAUUCACUCUGGAGAAAAACCAUUCACAUGCAGUCAGUGUGGAAAGAGUUUCACUAAGAAUAGCUCUCUCAAAUAUCAUCUGCGCCUUCACUCUGGAGUGAGAUCAUUCAGCUGUGAUCAGUGUGAUAAAACAUUUGUUUUUGAAUCGGGCUUAAGAGCACACCUUAGUGGCCAUGCUGGUGUGAGACCUUAUGUGUGCUCUGACUGUGGAAAGACCUACAUUACAUCCAGCAACUUAAAAACACAUCAGAGAAUUCACACUGGAGAGAAACCGUACAAGUGUUCACACUGUGAAAAGAGUUUCACUGAGUCAGGAAGCCUGAAAGAUCAUGAGAGAGUUCAUACUGGAGAGAAACCGCACCAGUGCUCUUCAUGUGGGAAGAGUUACAGACAUUCAUCUACUCUACUUAAUCAUAAGAAAAAGCAUUGCCCGAAAAUGUCUAAGUGAGCAAAGUUCAUUUCUUAUAAGAUCCAAGAUGGCUGCCUCAGUGUGGAGCUCUCCGUAAACUCAUAAUAUGUGUAAGCUUAUUCUGACUAAACACAACUGCGAUGCUUUUAUUCUCAUAUUUUUUAUAUUUAAUUUUUUUUUGUUUAAUUAUAAUUUGUAUUAAGUGUUUCCUGUUGUAUUUGUAUAUGUGCACUGGAAGCCUCAGCACCAAAACAAAUUCCUUGUGUGUGCAAGCACAUCUGUCAAUAAAGCUCUUUCUGAUUUCUAUAACUCGUAAAUAAGCAAAAGAUGGAAUUACAUUUACUACUACAGUAAUUUAAUCUAAAAUAAGUAUUGAAGUUUGAUUGUUUGAUAUGGGGAACUGGUUUAAAUGGUUGUGAACUGCAUUGUAAGUGUUCAGUGUGUUGUUCUUCCGACACCCGUAUUGAUCCUCUGUUGUGUUGCACAUGCGCAUUAAACACUGAGUGUUUCUGUAUACAAGAUGAACUGAACAGUAAAGCAACAAUGUGAAAA